CCCUCCCGGAGCCCGCACCCAGCCCCGUAACCCUGCCCGCUCCUCCCGCGCCACCUGCCAGGACUCCGACUGGCGGCGCAGCCUUCUGCGGGCCCCCGCCCCCGCGUUGCCGGGCCAGCGAGGCCGCCGCGGCGUUCGGGGCGCCGCCGCAUUGGCCGCUGCGGUACGGGAGGCGCGGUCGGCGCAGCCUCGGGGCUGCGGGCACAGACUGGAGCGUCCCGCGGCGCUCGCUCUGCCCUGGGUCGGCUCGCCCAUGGCCCUGGCUCUGUGGCCCUGGCGCCCAGCCCCGCACGCAGUCUCCAUCGCCCGCCUCUGGUUGCCCAGUCCUCCAGCCGCGCGCGAUGCUGAACGGUACGGGCCUGGACCAGGCGUUUAAGAUGUCGUUGCCGCGGAGGGCAAGGAUCGGCGCGUCUGUGGGACCCGUUCGUUCUUCUGCGGGCUACAAGAAGGCAGAGGAUGAGAUGUCCCGGGCCACGUCUGUUGGAGACCAGCUAGAGGCACCGGCCCGCAUAAUUUACCUCAACCAAUCUCAUCUCAACAAAUUCUGCGACAACCAGAUCAGUACGGCCAAGUACAGCGUGUUGACAUUUCUACCUCGAUUCUUGUAUGAGCAGAUUAGGAGAGCUGCUAAUGCCUUCUUCCUCUUCAUUGCCUUAUUACAGCAAAUUCCAGACGUAUCGCCAACCGGACGAUACACCACCCUGGUGCCAUUGAUCAUCAUUUUAACAAUUGCAGGCAUCAAAGAGAUUGUAGAAGACUUUAAACGACAUAAGGCAGACAACGCAGUUAACAAGAAGAAAACAAUAGUGUUAAGAAAUGGUAUGUGGCAUACCAUCGUGUGGAAAGAGGUGGCAGUGGGAGACAUCGUGAAGGUCCUCAAUGGGCAGUAUCUUCCAGCAGACAUGGUCCUGUUCUCCUCCAGUGAGCCUCAGGGGAUGUGCUAUGUUGAAACCGCUAACCUGGAUGGGGAGACGAACCUUAAAAUACGACAGGGCCUGAGCCACACGGCCGACAUGCAGACCAGGGAGGUGCUGAUGAAGCUGACGGGAAGGAUAGAGUGUGAAGGGCCCAAUCGCCACCUCUACGACUUCACCGGCAACUUGCACUUGGAUGGGAAGAGUUCUGUUGCCCUCGGGCCCGACCAGAUCUUACUAAGAGGCACCCAGCUCAGGAACACUCAGUGGGUCUUUGGUGUUGUGGUAUAUACCGGCCAUGAUAGCAAGCUCAUGCAGAAUUCAACAAAAGCUCCUCUCAAGAGGUCGAACGUCGAGAAGGUAACCAAUGUGCAGAUCUUGGUGCUGUUUGGCAUCCUCCUGGUCAUGGCCCUGGUGAGCUCGGUGGGGGCCCUGUUCUGGAAUGGGUCCCAUGGUGGAAAGAGCUGGUACAUCAAGAAGAUGAACACGAGCUCAGAUAAUUUUGGAUACAACUUGCUGACAUUUAUCAUCCUGUACAACAAUCUGAUUCCCAUCAGCCUGCUGGUGACGCUGGAGGUUGUGAAGUACACGCAAGCUCUCUUUAUAAACUGGGACACAGAUAUGUAUUAUAUUGAAAACGACACUCCUGCUAUGGCCAGGACAUCGAACCUUAAUGAAGAGCUUGGGCAGGUCAAAUACCUGUUUUCCGACAAGACUGGAACGCUGACAUGCAAUAUCAUGAACUUCAAGAAGUGUAGCAUUGCUGGCGUGACCUAUGGCCACUUCCCAGAACUAGCCAGAGAGCCGUCCUCAGAUGAUUUCUGCCGGAUGGGUCCAUGCCCCAGUGACUCAUGCGACUUUAAUGAUCCCAGGCUGUUAAAGAACAUCGAGGACCAACACCCCACAGCCCCUUGUAUCCAAGAGUUCCUUACCCUGCUGGCCGUCUGUCACACCGUAGUCCCUGAGAAGGAUGGAGAUGAAAUCAUCUACCAGGCUUCCUCCCCAGAUGAAGCUGCUUUGGUCAAAGGAGCUAAGAAGCUUGGCUUCGUGUUUACGGGCAGGACGCCGUACUCCGUCAUCAUCGAAGCGAUGGGGCAAGAACAGACGUUUGGAAUCCUCAAUGUUCUGGAAUUUUCUAGUGACCGGAAAAGGAUGUCUGUCAUUGUUCGAACUCCAUCGGGACAACUUCGACUCUACUGCAAGGGAGCUGAUAAUGUAAUCUUUGAAAGACUUUCAAAAGACUCGAAGUACAUGGAGGAGACAUUGUGCCAUCUGGAAUAUUUUGCCACAGAAGGCCUGCGGACUCUGUGUGUGGCCUACGCGGAUCUUUCUGAGAAUGAGUACGAGGAGUGGCUGAAAGUCUAUCAGGAGGCCAGCAUCAUACUGAAGGACAGAGCACAGAGGCUAGAAGAGUGUUAUGAGAUCAUCGAGAAGAAUUUACUGUUACUUGGAGCCACAGCCAUCGAAGACCGUCUUCAAGCCGGGGUUCCCGAAACCAUAGCUACUUUGUUGAAGGCAGAAAUUAAAAUAUGGGUGUUAACGGGAGACAAGCAAGAAACUGCGAUCAAUAUCGGGUACUCCUGUCGGCUGGUGUCUCAGAACAUGGCCCUUAUCCUACUGAAGGAGGACUCUUUAGACGCAACAAGGGCUGCCAUCACUCAGCACUGCACGGACAUGGGAGAGUUGCUGGGCAAGGAGAACGACGUGGCCCUCAUCAUCGACGGCCACACCCUGAAGUACGCCCUCUCCUUUGAAGUCCGCCGAAGUUUCCUGGACCUGGCGCUCUCGUGCAGGGCGGUCAUCUGCUGCAGAGUGUCCCCUCUGCAGAAGUCUGAGAUUGUGGAUGUUGUGAAGAAGCGGGUGAAAGCCAUUACCCUGGCCAUCGGGGACGGUGCCAAUGACGUGGGGAUGAUCCAGACAGCCCAUGUAGGGGUCGGGAUCAGCGGGAACGAGGGCAUGCAGGCCACCAACAACUCAGAUUACGCCAUUGCACAGUUUUCCUACCUGGAGAAGCUGCUUCUAGUUCACGGAGCCUGGAGCUACAACCGCGUGACCAAGUGCAUCCUCUACUGCUUCUACAAGAAUGUGGUCCUCUACAUCAUCGAGCUUUGGUUCGCCUUUGUUAAUGGAUUUUCUGGGCAGAUUUUAUUUGAGCGCUGGUGCAUCGGCUUGUACAAUGUGAUCUUCACCGCAUUGCCGCCCUUCACUCUGGGAAUCUUUGAGAGGUCUUGUACUCAGGAGAGCAUGCUGAGGUUUCCACAGCUCUACAAAAUCACCCAGAACGCAGAAGGCUUCAACACUAAGGUUUUCUGGGGUCACUGCAUCAAUGCCUUGGUCCACUCCCUCAUCCUCUUCUGGCUUCCCAUGAAAGUACUGGAGCACGAUACUCCGCUGGCCAGCGGUCACGCCACAGACUAUUUGUUUGUUGGAAACAUUGUUUACACGUACGUUGUGGUUACAGUUUGUCUGAAAGCUGGUUUGGAGACAACAGCUUGGACUAAAUUCAGCCACCUGGCCGUGUGGGGAAGCAUGCUGAUCUGGCUGGUGUUUUUUGGUGUCUACUCAACCAUCUGGCCGACCAUCCCCAUCGCUCCUGACAUGAAAGGGCAGGCGACCAUGGUCCUGAGCUCUGCAUCAUUCUGGUUGGGAUUGUUCCUGGUUCCAACUGCGUGUCUGAUUGAAGAUGUGGUGUGGCGAGCGGCCAAGCACACCUGCAAAAAGACACUGCUGGAGGAGGUACAGGAGCUGGAGACCAAGUCCCGAGUGAUGGGGAAAGCAAUGCUGCGAGAUAGCAAUGGAAAGAGGAUGAAUGAGCGUGACCGGCUGAUCAAGCGACUUAGCAGGAAGACACCCCCGACCCUCUUCCGGGCAGGCUCCAUCCAGCAGUGUGUCACCCACGGGUAUGCCUUUUCCCAAGAAGAGCAUGGAGCUGUCACCCAGGAGGAAAUAGUCCGUGCUUAUGACACCACCAAAACGAAGUCGAGGAAGAAAUGAGGCGACUUCCCGGAUGGCUCCGGGGAAAGGGAUUCUGUUUGGCGCAAGCAGUGUUAACACGGCCUUGUCAGAGAGACUGGCGCCCACAGCCCAACACCAGAAGACACAUUUCUGUGGCCUUAGCCGACCAGUUCGUUAGCAGCUGUCUUGUCCCCUUGCAGUCCCAGGGUGUAGGCAUCAGGGGAAGCUCUACUCCCAGCUUGUCCGCCGUGCUUGGCCCAAUUUCUGUUGACCGUGUUAUGAAGCAUUCAGCUGGGCUCUCUGAGGUGUGAAAUUAAAAACUACAUUUCACCAAUGCUCAAACAUCAACGCUAAUGGUUCUGGGAGAAAGGAAGGGGGCAUUGCGUUACUAGAGACCAGUCCCGUGUAAUCGGAACAGGGUACCCUUACCUCCUGUUCGGUGCAUGUCCAGAUCACACAAGCCUCGCUUUCUGCAGACUGCUCACUCACUUGGAUUCCUGUUUUCUUUGUGUGAAGUCGGCAUAAACUUCUUGAUUACACCGAAAUCAGAAAACCUUACGGUUGAAGGACAAUCCUGAGAACAUUUCUUUGGCUCUUUUGGCCCCAGCCCCAGCUCCAGCCAGGCAACCAGCCAGAAUUCCAUGCCUUCUGCACCGAUUUUAGGUGCAGGUCUUUGGUCUUGCCAUGGCCGCCCUGUGCUCUUGUCCACAGAUCUGCACAACCGGCCCCUGGGUGUGGUGCCCCGCAGCUGGCAGCCACCCAUCCAGGCCCCGGGUGUCUUUGUUCCUCUCUCUGUGCUGAUGUGGACGUCAGAAUCUUCUUACCUAGCCUCAUCUGCCCCGCCCUGCCCUGCCCUACCCCGCCCCUCCCCACUGCUGCCCUUGAGCUCCGUGACUGAAGAGAAGUGGCUGAACCGUACCUGGCCUAACACUUAACUGUCUUUUUUGAGGGAAUCCUUUGGGAAUGGGAGCAGGCCCUGCAUAUCACUUCUGAGCUAGGCCUCUGGCAGCCUCUCAGAAUUGAUACCUGCCUCUAGAUGCUCAAAGCCCAUUUUAGGCUUUCUACAAUCUGGAGGUGAGUUUGUGUCUGUGCACUGAAGGUACAAAACUGGCACUCUGAAAUUCUAGAAUCUGGGUGAGCUUAGGGUGAGGGGUAAGCACAGGGCACCACAUCUGAGAUCUCGUUGGAAGGUGACCAAGGACACCAGACUCAGGAGGCAGACACGGAGGCCAUUUUCACCAUAUCGCAGUGGAAGUUCUCAAGUCCUGCUUUUGAUGAACAGUUGUAAUGAUAAGCCCAUGUACGCUGUCACAGAAACCAGACCUUGUCCUCAGACAUUUUAUCUGGGUUGAUUUUCUUAAAACGAGUCUUACACUAUAUCCCCAAUCUAGCAUUGAAUGCACUUUGUAGUCCAGGCUAGCCUCAGACUCUCAGCAACCCUCAGCCUCCUGCAUAUUAGGGUUAGAGGUGUGAGUUACCACGCUCGGCACCAUACACAUCUAAGGAAAACAAUUCCAAACAUUGUCAAGAUCAUAACUUUUAAAAAUAGUCACAUGGUCUCCUUUCUGUAUCCGGCAAGUUUUAGGCCCAAGGGCCUCUUUCUGGACAGUGACUUGGUCUCUCAAAUAAGGAAGGGAAGUGCCUGUUCCAAGCUUGGGCCACUGCAGGCCCCCACUCUGAACUGGAACAGAAUCUGGAUGCUCCAAGCCUGCAUGCGAGAACUGAGGGCUCUCAGAAAAUGCGGGCCGGCCUCAGCAUGUUUUCUUCCCUUUAUUUUGGCUGCCGAACCAGAGUUUUUGGAUGACUUAAAGUAAAUAUCCCUGGGCACUUGUUACUGGGUGAACUUACCAUACCACCAGGGGUGUAUGCUAGCUUAGAAAAUAAGGCAGCGUUGGGGGGAUGACUGAGCAGUCCAAGGUGCUGCCUUCAGAAAGAAGGGAUGCUACACUUUGCUUUACUUAACGCUUUACUUUUGGAACAUCAGAGAUGAAUGGGCACCAAAAAAAACAAACAAAAAAACAAAAAAUUUGGUUAUGAUUUGCUUUGAGUAAGAAAACUGAUUCCCACUUAGGCCGUGGCCAGGAUGCUGAGAUGGCUUGAAGGGAGGCAGAGUGGUACAAUUAACAAGAAUCUUACAAGUGACCUCUCUUUGCUCCCUGAGGCAAGUAAAAAAUCUAGCAUGCCCAGCAAGCUGGAAUCCUGACAGACUGUACCAUGUGGGAGAAACAGCAGGAAGUGUGCCUCAGAUUAGGGGGGCCAGUCAUGGUGUACAUUUUACCCAGAGGGAUGGGGGCAGAACUGUGGAGAACAAAGGAAAACCAACCGGAUGUGCCCUAGGCUCUUUGCAAGUUUUUCCUCCCUUCCUUCCUUCCUUCCUUCCUUCCUUCCUUCCUUCCUUCCUUCCUUCCUUCCUUUCUCUUUCUUUCAACUUUAAAGGCUAGAUUUAUUUGAAGGAAAAAAAUCAACCCUAACGAUGGGAUUUUACAUCUCAAGACAUCCCCCAAGUAAUGUCUACAGAUUACAAAUAAUUUUCAUAGAAGAUAUUUUUGCACAAAUUUUGAUGUAUUCAGGAACGUGUAAGUUGACCCCUGAUUUUAUUUUAACAGAGGAGCAACAUAGGAGAGUGGGGCAUGGCGGCUUCCUUCCAGAUGCCUCUGUCUGGAAGGGAAAUAGACAUGAAGAAGGCUAGUUACCUCUUCAUUGUCCACAACCGAUGGAUUUUCACCCAUUCAGCUGUGGGCACCUCUCUAAAAGCCCGCUUCCUAGCUAUGGCCAAUCAAGCCCGCUGGAUAAGUUCUUGCCAUGCCCACUGAUGCAGCCCACUAAACCAACGCUCCUGCCCAGCAAGCCCAGGGCUUACACAUUAAGACCAAAGUCUCACUUGUCUGCAGGGACCCUGACUUACCAAAACAGGAAAACCUGGAUCUUUGGAGCUGACCUCUACAAAGGUGCACAGCAAUGCAGAUAGGUCAAGCUACUGUGUUGCAAGAGAAGCCUUAUUCAAUAGUUCUUUGCAUUAACCUCCAUUCUUUAUUUAUUUAUUUAUUUAAUUGAUUUUUAUUGAUCUCUACAUUUUUCUCUGCUCCCCUCCCUGCCUCUCCCUCCCCUUCAACCCUCUCCCAAGGUCCCCAGGCUCCCACUUAUCCUUUAUUCUUGAGGGGAGCUAAGAAACCAACCCUCUCGAGCAGGAAAACCUCACAACAUAGGUCACCUUAUAAACCCAAGCACUAACAUGGGCGCCCAUGAAGGAAACUUACAGAAACCUUAAACCACCCCAGUCAAGGCUGAAGGCCUCCAGCUCCAUCCUUCCCGUUUUUGCACCCCUAAUCAACACGCAUGUCCAUCAGUCAGAGAACUCUGACCUCCAAGUGGGGGAGAUGUGAAGCUCCAAGAACAGGCAGACUGGGGGCAGGGUGGGAGCAGGAGUCAAAGACAUCACAGAGCUUGAGAGAAACAGUCGUUCCUCAGACCACAGCUUCUGGUGGUAACAGGCCAGGUGUGCGAUUUACAGAGACCGCUUUGGGGAGGUUUGACACUGUCAUUAGGAACAUGAGGUGACCAGAGGGAUAAGGUUUUUAAAGAAUGUGGACAUAUUUGAAAGUUUAGACAGGGCAGUGUUUAGAAGGGGUCAAACAGGAUGUGCAAGACUAGUUUGAUCUGCCCUUGAAUGCUCCAGGGCAGAGAGGCUAGGAGAAAGCACAGGAUGUGCAGGUCUACUCAGUUGCGGUUGCCUCCCUCGGUUCAUUCUUCACCAUCCAUGGAGGGAGAAGCAUUCUUGCUUGCAGAACUGAACUUGGAGGCUGGAUUCUCCUCAAAUAUUUUUUGCUUGGGCAGAUCUGGAGUCUUGAGCCUUUUUGCCGCCUUUCCUCUCCAACUCCUUCCCAUGGUCUCUGUUCCCACCAUCUCCAGGACCACAACUGGGGUUCCCACUUAGGCCUUUGGGUCUCUCACUCCAUCUACUUUGUUUUCUUCUUCCCUUGCUGGUCCUUCCUCCGAGGGCUGAGCCAGAGCUACUUUCUCUCUGUCGCUGUGUCUGAGUGCUGAGGUUGAGCAGGAGGGUUAGGGCAUCGCUAUCCCCGUGCAUUCUCCUCUGGCAUUACCUUUAGAGGCUCAUCAAUUUAGGAGAUUUAGAGAUUGGAAAAUGGCAGUCUUCUUUAUUGAAUAGUUCAUUGUCUAGAGCCUUCUUCUUUGUGUGUUUCUGCCAGAUAUAACUGCAGCCCCAGUCUGCCAUGACUCGCUUCCUAUCCUCAACUGUUCUCUUUCUUGAGCUUCUUCAUUUGGCCCACCCAUGUCUCCCCUGGGGUCGGCCAUCUAGUUUUGGUUCGUCCAGCUGACGCUGCAAUGCCUCCUGCUCCUUCCGUAGCCCCGCCCCCUCCUACUUUUCUUCUCUAGCAGCUGUGACAACAGGCUUUGUCCUUCCAAAGAUAGAAGCUGCUCAACUCUACUGGGAGGUACCAGCAAAGGAAGCAUCUUCCUUGGGAAUAUUCCAAGGCUUUAGAUUCAGUCUGGGGUUGGGGGUGGGAGUAGGGUUCUGUCGUCAUGCCUAUAAUCAUCGGGAGAGUAAUCAUGCAUGGAGCUCCAUGACCAAUCGUCCCAUCUGUCAUACCUGUUUUUAUAGCAGUCCCCACCUUCUCUGUAGUUAGCAACCGUACAGUACCCACUACCAAAUUCUCUUCUGCCACUGCCUAUCCUGCAGUCAUAGCCUGGGUCGUUAUAGCGAUCCUGGCCUCCAGAGCAUUAUCCACAUCUCAGCAUGGGCCAUCCUGAUACCAGUUUGAAACCCAUCCUGAUUCCGCUCUGAAUCGUACCGAUCUCAACACUUGUCUCCCAAGUUAUCAUCACCUCUUCUAAAUGGGUCCUCCUCAAAGUUGUCUGCAGCAGGAUGGGUCCUCUGGUCUGUGUUUUGUUAGAUAGCUAAAUUUCUGUCUUGACCCAAAGAACGAUCAUCCCUGUCUUUGUCCAGAGCUUGAUCAGCAACUCAUUUGAGUUUUUCCCUGUUACCUAGAGACACAGAGCACUGAGCAGAUCACCCAGGUCCUCAAACUCUGCAUAGCCCAACCUGUUCAACCAGUCUGGACGGCUGGGUUCACAUGAUGAGUGUACCACACUGGUAUUUCAUCCUCUAAAGAGCUCCUUACGGAAUCUUCUGUCGUAUCACAGGGCAGGUUCCCUAGAAAACUGCAGUGUGGCGAGUUGGGAAGACAGCUCUGGUGGGUGUUUGGUUUCUGAGCAGCCUGCGGAGCAUUGGAGAGGACGGAAUGGUUGGUUGGAGGUGCCCUGUAUGCGCCAUCAUCGGUACCAUGCGAGUCCUUGACACCUCUCAGGAUCAUCUGUUACAUCAGCAGUUUGGAGACAUAGCUGCUUUGGCCAGCCAUUCUCAGCCAGAAAGUCUGUUAGAGAGAUGGGCUUCCCCUUCUGAAUUUUCUGUUUUGCUGAGGCCACCAUGUUGGGGGCCAGAGUGGGUGGGGAAGAGAGGAGUCAAAAUUCAUUUUCAUUUGGGAACUAAACCCAUUUGGAAAGAUGGAAUUAAAAUUCAGCUUUUUGUCAGAUACUUAGCCCUCUCUUGAGCUUGAAGGCUUUUAAACCCGAUUAGUGAAUGAAAGUGUUUGUUUGGGUUCUUUGUUUGUUUGUUUUCUUGUCUUUUGACUUUAUGCUAUGCUGUGUAUUUUUCUGGAGCGUAUUUUGUUCCUUUGAGAAGCAGACUAAACAUUUUCUGCACUGAACUGUCUCUGCAGUAAUGAGGUAUACAGGCAGGAGAAAACAUUUCUGGGAGGGAUUUGUUUUCUAUUUUUUUCUGUCCUGAUUAAGCUUUCUCCUAGCCGAAUGACUAAAUUGGGUUUCUAGGCAAAGCAGCUGUCAUGGUGUGUGAUGUAUACUAUUUAUGCAGGGUCCACUGGGGAGUCGGGUCAUUUGGGCUAUCUUUAAACUGAGGUCAGAAUGUCUCAUACACAACCCCUCCCUGGGGAACAGAGUGGACUGGACUAAGUUACGCACACUGUCUGUCAGCUCAGUGGAAAUGUCAUGUGGGCCAUGACACUUCUGUCACAUAGCUGGGGCUCUUGGGCUGGCAGGUCACAUUUGGUCAGCACUUCCGAAACUGCCCCAGGUUUGCGCUAAGAUGGGGCUGGGGCUUGGGCUGGGGCCGCUCACAGAGGUUCGUAUGUAUGGCUCAAUCCUAUACUUGAAACUGUAAACAGUGCAGCCACUGUCCCUUUGGCUUAGUUCUGGGUUUGGCUGCUCUCUUCAUAGCCACAGGGAUGAUUGCUGAGAGGACAGCCCAUACUAUAAUUGGAGGCAAUACCCUGCUCAAAUCUACCGGGCAGCCUGGCAACACCACCUAGCUGGUCAGGGUCUACUGUGUGCUACUCCAGGAAGCAGAGCAUCAUGAUGUAUCUGCUCUGUCUUGAUGCAGAAUCUUCCAGAUUUAUGGGUCAGUGUUACUUUCCCCGAUUCCCCACACUCAUGCAAACACAAAGACAAAGGCGUGAGAGCGAGGUAUAAACUGCUCUGGUGAAAGUGACGCUGCUUCUUCAACAUUGAGAGAGAAAUGUGCCAGCCGGUGACCCUGGGCUCCGGCAGAGCCCAGCUGGGCAUUUGCUUUUCUUUGCCAGGCCUUCAAGUAUGCCCAGCGAAAAUCAGUGGUGGCUAAUCAAGAAGCAGUGCGUGAUUUGGUUGUUGUUUUGAGAUUAAUGCUUAGGUCAUCCAGGCUGGCUUUGAACUCACUAUGCAGCUGAAGCUGCCCUUGAACAUCUGACCCUUUUUGCCUCCUUUGUGUUUUAUGGAAUGCUUGUGUGGCUGUGCUGGGGAUGGAACUCAGGACCUUGUGAAGGCUAGGCUGGUGUUUGCCGUUGAGCCACGUACGUUCCCAAUCGGUGAAUGUUUUUCGUUUGUUUGUUUUGUUUUUUAAGCAAAACUAGGUAACAAGAGUCUGAAAAUGUAAAAGGAUAUGUAGGCUUUCAGGUCAAUUUUUUUUUUUAAAUAAAGAAAGCUAUCCUGCAUAA